CAGGUAUAGAUAUUUUAGUGGUUUCAAGUUUCAACCACUCAUUUUAUAGCAAUGAAUGAUUGAAUAAAGGAUAAAUGGAUGUCCCAUCUAAUAAAUAAGGGAAUUAAUUAAUUAAUUUUUCAUAUUUACCCCCAGUUAAGCAUCUGAACUGUACCACUUCUGCAGUGUAGAACUAAAGAGAGUCAGAGAGAAACCAGCUUUUGUUGUUGAGUUAAUGGCACCAGCAGCAACAAAUGAAGGAGAAGGGAAACCUAUAAGAUGUAAAGCGGCGGUUGCAAGAAGACCUGGUGAGCCACUGGUGAUUGAAGAGAUCAUCGUGGCACCACCAAUGCCGCGUGAGGUUCGGAUCCGUGUUAUAUGUUCCUCUCUCUGCCACGUCGAUCUCGCUUUUUCCAACAUGCAGGACCCUCCUGGCUUUUACCCGAGAAUUCUUGGUCAUGAAGCAAUUGGGGUUGUGGAAAGUGUAGGGAAGGAUGUAACUGAAGUUACAAAAGGAGAUACGGUUAUUCCGAUAUUCCUACCAGAUUGUGGGGAGUGUAGAGAUUGCAAAUCAACCAAGAGCAACCUUUGUACUAAUUUCCCAUUCAAAGUUUCUCCUUGGAUGCUAAGAAAUGAGAAAACCAGAUUCACUGACCUAAACGGAGAGUUCAUAUAUCAUUUCAUGUCUGUUUCAAGCUUCAGCGAGUACACUGUGGUUGACGUUGCCAAUGUAACAAAGAUUGACUCAGAUAUUCCUCCCGACAGGGCGUGCCUUCUCACUUGUGGUAUAGGAGCUGGGGUAGGUGCUGCUUGGAAAACAGCAGGUGUGGAGCCAGGGUCUACAGUAGCUAUUUUUGGACUAGGAUCUAUUGGAUUAGCAGUUGCCGAGGGAGCCAGACUUUGUGGAGCAACUAAGAUUAUCGGUGUAGAUGUCAACCCUGAAAAAUUUGUAGUUGGAAAGAAGUUUGGGGUCACAGACUUUGUCCAUGCUCGAGAAUCUGAGAACAAACCUGUGAGCCAGGUUAUCAUAGAGAUGACUGACGGGGGAGCAGAUUAUUGCUUUGAAUGUGUCGGUAUGGCGUCGUUGAUGCAUGAAGCAUAUGCUUCUUGUAGAAAGGGUUGGGGAAAAAUAAUUGUCUUAGGACUGGACAAACCUGAAGCAAGAUUGAGCCUCAGUUGUAGUAAGGUCCUUCAUGAUGGGAAGACACUUCAGGGAAAUUUAUUUGGAGGACUCAAACCUAAGUCUCAUGUAUCCGUUCUACUCAAACGAUACAUGGACAAGGAACUGCAGUUGGAUCAAUUUAUCACUCAUGAAGUAGAGUUUAAGGACAUCAAUAAAGCUUUUGACUUGUUGAAAAAUGGACAAUGUAUUCGAUGUGUGAUUUGGAUGAACAAAUGAGCAAAGUUUUAUGUAUUCUAGUCGUUGAAUCACGGUAUGCAACAAUCGAAAUAUUGGAGAGUGCUGUUUUCUUUUGUAUUUUAUUAAAACAUUCAAUAAAACUAAGAUUCUAUUCUAUUGCACUGCAAA